UACUGACAUACGUUCAUUAUUGCAUUUUAUUUUGUUUAAUCCUUCCACGACUCCACAUUCUCUUACUCAACACCUUUCGAAAAUACUCUACAUUUCCAUUUCCCUCUAUUGACUGUGAGAGAUUCCCUUGUCAAAUCAUCACUUUAAAUUUAUUUUUCUACAAUAAGAUGGAUACUCCUGAGUUGACUGAAUAUGAAUCUGUACCAAGUAUUCGUGUCCAUAAACGUGAGACAAAGCACAGAAUAUUUGUCAACCGGAGCUUGCAGCUAGACAAGAUAAAGUUUUUCGGAUUCGAUAUGGACUACACUCUAGCACAGUAUAAAUCACCACAAUAUGAAGAGCUUGCAUUUAAUAUUAUAAAAAACCGGCUGAUAAAACUGGGCUAUCCUCCGAAAACUUCUGAUUUUGUUUAUGAUCCCUCGUUCCCGCUGAGAGGCCUAUGGUUUGAUCGGCUUUAUGGUACUCUGUUAAAAAUGGAUCAGUUUGGCAAUAUUCUUUCAUGUUUACGUGGAUUCAAUUUUAUCCAAAGGGAAGAACUUCGAUCAAUGUAUCCAAAUAAGUUUGUGAAGUACGACGAGAAACGAAUUGAAAUAAUGAACACUUUAUUCAGUCUUCCAGAAACCUACAUACUCUCAUGUAUAAUCCAUAUGUUCGUCAACGAUCCUGAUUAUAUAAAAGUUGAGCAUGGUGUCAAAAAAGGAUCUCUAUAUAUGUCAUACGCUUCAAUUUAUGAAGACGUAAGAACCGCUUGUGAUUGGAUGCAUAGAGGAGAACUAAAACAACGUACUUUGGCAAAUAUUAGUGAAUAUGUCGAAAGAGAUCCACGUUUAUGUACUUUGUUAGAUCGGCUACGAGUGAAUGGUGCGAAAGUGUUUUUGUUAACGAACAGUGACUUUGAAUAUUCUCAUGUAAGUUGUUUUCCUCUUUUUUUACCAUGGAAAAUCAAGUAUUAA